AUGACCCUGACGGAGCAACAACUCAAGAUCAUCUCAGAGCGCCCGCUAACCAAUAUACUACAUCAGUAUCGAGAUAAGCUACGAAAUUUCGACGAGUGCGACCAAGCCUCACAGGAUGAGAUUGCCAAUUUCUUGUCUUCGUUAGUAGGCUCUCCGGCAGCUUUCAGCCUUCCGUCGCCAGAUGGAAGCGGUAAUGUGGCAGUAAAGCUCUUCUCUAUACAACAACAGGUGCAAGGAGGUGGACUGAAGCUGGAACAAUUCCGGCCCCUCGUCUCGUCCGUCGUGGCCAAUUCCCCUGAUCUCGACGUCUGGAAUACGAUCUUCAAGAUUAUCGAAACUCUCAGCCCCCUUACCCCCCCGCCAUCCAGCAUCGCCCCGACAUUCAAAGGCACACCUGUUAAGACCAGCUCGAGCCGACUUGCUGAUAGCGAAACGCGUGACAUUGUCGAAGGGGAGCUCUUUGAGGAAAUCAAAAACUGCACCUUUCGCAAUGUGAAGGGAUUCUGCGACAAGUUUUUCGAUCCUAAGUUCUGGCGCCAAGAACAGAAAGCGAUGCUGAGGGCGAUAAUGACAGCACACGACGGAAAGAUAUGGACAGAAUUCCCCCCCACUCCCGACGAAAAACUAGUUUGGGACUGGCUUUGGUCACUUGAAGAGCGCUUCUUAGCCGGUGCACCGCACAGGCUUCAUACCACAAGAACAGCCAACCAGUUUAAGGAACGGAAAGGCCAGAUGGAUGUCUUCUUGCAAACACCUGUCACAAACGCGAACGACACGUUUAAACAUAAACACGUCCUAGUAGUUGGAGAGCAAAAGAAGUCAAACGACACAGGCAGGUUUAAGGCGACUCUCCUCCAGCUCGCGCGCUAUGUGCGAGGCGUCUUUGCUGACCAGCCGACACGCCGGUUCGUGCACGCGUUCUCACUCUGCGCUUCCACGAUGGAGCUCUGGGUCUUCGACCGCUCUGGGCCUUACAGCUCGGGGCCAUUCGACAUUCAUGACGAGCCGGAUAAGUUUGCGCGUGCACUUGUGGGAUAUGCUACAAUGGAUGACGAUGCAAUGGGCCUUGACACCUUCAUCAAGCGAGGGGAUGCAUGUCGUCAUGUCAUACUGGACGACGCGAGCGGCAAUGCGAUGACGGUCAGGUUAGACAAAGCGAUGGUCAGGCAGCGGGCCAUUGUGUGUCGCGGAACUACGUGCUACGAGGCCCAAAACAGCCAGGUCGCGAAGUUCUCGUGGGCAUCGGAUAAGCGGAAGCUAGAGUCGGAACAACUAAGGUUGGCUGAACAACGGGGUGUCAAAGGAGUGGCCAGAGUCGUGGCGCAUCGCCAGAUCAUCACUAUUGCAGAGCUGCGGGAUGGACUGGAGUUCCCGAAGCAUCACAAGUUCCGAAGUGAGGCCAAUUUUUUGGAAGAUCUGCCGUCGGCCACCACAAGCGCGCACACACCGGAUCACAAGCGCAAAUCAUCCGACGAUGACGCCUCCGACAAGAUGUCAGGAUCCAAGAAGCGGCGGCCCAACAGUCAGAAGUCAAAGCUGUCCACGGAAUUCAAUGACCAGUUAUCGAUCGGCAAGGCUAAGCCGAGCCUGUACAAAACUGGCGAGGACCCAUGGGAGAACAGGAUUUAUUCCUGCCUCCUCGUCUCACCAGCCGGCCGUGUCAUCAGCGACUUUAGGACGAUCAAGGAACUGCUAGAGUCGAUGCGAGAUGCGAUUAGGGCACACCAGUCUCUCUACACCGUUGGCAACAUCCUACAUCGUGAUAUUUCCUCAAAUAACAUUAUUAUUACAAACCCCAAGACGGCGGAUGGCUUUAGGGGUAUGCUCAUUGAUCUUGACCUGGCGAAAGUGAGAGAUGGUGGGCCAAGUGGGGCGCGACACCAAACUGGCACGAUGCAGUUUAUGGCCAUCCAAGUGCUGCGGGGGGUCGAUCACACCUACCGUCAUGAUCUUGAGUCAUUCUUCUACGUUCUACUCUGGAUGUGUGCGCGCUGCUCGUGGUCCAUUAGGUUUAGUGGCGAGGGAAAACCGCCUCGGGAGAGCCUUCUUCGGAAAUGGGAGGUCGGAAGCUUCAGCGAUAUUGCAGAUGCCAAAGAAGGCCAUAUGACCGUAAAUGGACUUGAAAGGAUUAUGAACGAGUUCCCGGACGUGUUCCAUAUUGUUAAGCCUCUCUGUCUCAGGAUCAGGAGGAUUCUCUUUCCCUUAGAUAAGGACGAGAGGAUGAAUAUUGGCACGCCUGUAGGAACCCCAGACCAACUUUAUAACGACACAAUAGUGACUUAUGACGAAGCCAUUGCUAAGCUUUAG